UUCCUAGUGAGGCUGAAGGGACGCAUCACCAGAGAUGGCUUUUAGAAGUCGAAUGGUACAUCAUUAACGAACACUGUAUUUCAUGAAGAUAUUGGUGGCAAGUAAAAAGUUCUAGCGACUAAAGAAGACGGGAGCGGUGGACGGAAGCCGUCGCAAGCGGUGUCUGUCACGUGCGACGCGCUACGGCCGCCUGCUUCCUUGCAGCAUUUUAUCGUCCCUGCAGCUUAUGCUAGCGUGCUAGCUAUAGCUCAUUUGUAAAUAUUAGCCAGAUAGCUAACGUUAGCGACAUCUGGUCCUGUUAAAAAUGGCCACCAUGGAGAAACUGAUGAAAGCCUUUGAGUCUCUCAAGUCAUUCCAGCAACAACAAGGACCACCGUCGGCUGAAGAGCUCGUGCAGAAACAGAAAAAAGAUCUUGCUACCACCAAAAAGGAUCGGGUGACCCACUGUCUGACGAUAUGUGAAAAUAUUGUGGCACAGUCUCUAAGUGCUGGGAUCAGAACCUCACCAGAGUUCCAGAAGCUGCUGGGCAUUGCCAUGGAGAUGUUCCUGCUGUGCACUGACGACAAGGAGUCUGAUGUCAGGAUGGUGGCGGACGAGUGCCUCAACAAAAUCAUCAAAGCAUUGAUGGACUCCAACUUGCCCAGGCUGCAGCUGGAGCUGUACAAGGAAAUCAAGAAGAACGGUGCCUCCCGGAGUCUGCGUGCUGCCUUGUGGAGGUUCGCCGAGCUGGCCCAUCUCAUCCGGCCACAGAAGUGCAGACCCUAUCUAGUGAAUCUUCUACCCUGCUUGACACGAAUCGCAAAGCGGCAAGAGGAAACGGUUCAAGAAACGUUAGCCGCCGCUAUACCCAAGAUUAUGUCUGCCCUGGGCCAUUUUGCCAAUGACGGAGAGAUCAAGGUGCUGCUUAAGGCAUUUGUCGCUAACCUGAAGUCCAGCUCCCCCACCAUCCGCAGGACCGCAGCUAGCUGUGCUGUCAGUGUGUGCCAACAUUCACGCAGAACACACUACUUUUACACCUGGCUCCUGAACGUGCUGCUAGGUCUGGUGGUGCCGGUGGAUGAGGAGCGGCCUAGUCAUCUGAUCCUCGGCGUGCUGCUCACCCUGCGCUACCUGAUGCCUCUGCUCCAGCAGCAAGUGCCCAACACCAGCCUCAAGGGCAGCUUCGGCGUCAUGCGCAAAGAGACCGACAUCUCCCCGUCCCCAGAGCAGCUAGUACAGGUGUACGAGUUGACAUUACACUACACCCAGCACUGUGACCACAACGUGGUGACGGCGUCGCUAGAGCUGCUGCAGCAGGUGUUCCGCACGCCACCCCCGGAGCUGCUGCACGUGCUCAUCACCCCCGGGUCACUGUCGCGCCCCAUGGUGGAGGGCCGAGCCCGUAGUGGCAGCAUCGUGGAUCUCAUCGCUGGUGGAGGCUCGUCGUGGAGCCCGCUUGUCCUCAGGAAGCAGAAAGGAAAAGUGCUGUCAGGAGAAGAGGAGGGGUUAGAGGAUGACCCUGAAACCAGGCCGGAGGUCACGGGUUCCUUUACUGCCUCUGUAGGCAGUGAGUCUGGCAGUGAGGUCUCCGCUCCGUCGUCUUCAGGCGUGUCCUCGUUGACGUCAACUGACAUCAUCACGCAGCAGCCUCGCUCCUCCCAGCAUGCCUUGCAGCCAGGGGACUCGGUGGAGCUCAGCAGCACGUCUGAACAGGGCGUGGGAGCCGGCGGAGGCGUGGGCAGCGACAGUGGUCCAGACGAGGGCGAAGACGACGCCAUGGACGAGGACAUGCUGAGCCGCAGCUCCAGCCAGAUCAGCGGCGGCGGGGGAGGAAGCGGCGCGCCCACAGCCACCGCGGCGACCAGCGAAGAGUCCGUGGCGGACGACGGCAACUCUAGGAAGGACCCGCAACAGCAAGGGCCCUCGGUUGCCCAGAGCGACAGCUCCCAGACCACCACGGAGGGGCCGGACUCGGCCGCCACGCCGUCGGAGUGCCCCGAGCUCGUCCUGGAUGGCAGUGAAAGUCAGUAUUCGGGGAUGCAGAUCGGGACACUACAGGACGAGGAGGAGGACGGGACGGCCCCUCCCUCAGAUGGGCCCCUGGAACCUUUCGCCCAUUCAGUGUUGGCCCUCAGCAAGCCCCACCUGAUGGAGGGCAAAGGCCACAACAGACAGGCAUCUGACAGCAGCGUGGACCGCUUCAUACCAAAGGAGGAGCCAGUGGAACCCACAGACCCUGAAAUCAAGCCGUCCAGGAUAAAGGGGGAGAUUGGACACUACACUGAUGCAAAGGAGGAGCCUCUGGUCCACUGCGUGCGCCUGCUUGCUGCGUCUUUUCUACUAACUGGACAGAAAAAUGGGCUGGUGCCUGACAAGGAGGUGCGCGUGAGUGUGAAGGCCCUGGCUGUGAGUUGCGUGGGGGCGGCUGCUGCACUCCAUCCUGAGGCCUUCUUCAACACUCUCUACCUGGAGCCCUUGGAGGGCAUGGCACUGGAUGAGCAACAGUACAUCAGUGACGUCCUGAAGUACGUGGAGCACGGCGAUCCCCAGAUUCGGGGAGCCACUGCCAUCCUGUGUGGCGCCCUCAUCCAGGCCAUGCUCCUCAAGACGCGCUUCAGCGUGGAAGCCUGGCUGGCCAACGUCCAGAGCUCCACCGGGAACCCCAUCUCUCUGGUGGACUUGGUGCCUUUGCUGCAGAGGGGUUUGCGGGAUGAGUCAUCGGUGACGUGCAAGAUGGCUUGUGGUGCAGUGAGGCACUGCAUCAUGGCUCUGAGUAGCAGCACUUUCAGUGAGCUGGGUCUGCAGCUGCUGAUCGACCUCCUGGGCCUGAGAGACUGCUCCUACUGGCUCGUCCGCACAGAGCUGCUGGAGACGGUGGCGGAGAUUGACUUCAGAUUGGUUAAUUUCCUGGAGAGGAGAACGAAUAGUUUGCACAAAGGGGACCAUCAUUACACUGGGUUACUCCGACUUCAGGAAAGGAUCCUUGGUGAUGUCAUCAUCUAUCUCCUGGGAGAUGAGGACCCCAGGGUCAGGCAUGUUGCUGCUGCCACUGUCAACAGGGUGAUAUCGCGGCUGUUUUACGACUGCGACCAGGCACAGGCAGACCCUGUGGUGGCCAUAGCCCGCGAGCAGAGCAGUGUGUACCUACAGCUCCUGAUGCACGAGACCCAGCCUCCCUCCCAGUUCACUGUCAGCACCAUUACCAGGACAUACAGAGGCUACAACCUAUCCCAGGGUGUGUCUGAUGUGACCAUUGAGAACAACCUGUCCCGCGUCAUCAGCGCCGUGUCGCACGCCUUCACCUCCUCCACCUCCAGAGCGCUCACGUUUGGCUGCUGCGAGGCGCUCUCCCUGCUCAGCUCCAGCUACCCCGUGUGCAGCUGGAGCACAGGCUGGCACUGCGACUACGUCAGCUCCACCAUCAGCCACCUCAACCGCUCCAGCCAGUACCGUGGCCGAGGCCGUUCGCACAGCCUGUCCCAGUCCAGCACUGCCGAGGAGCCCAGGAGGAGCCUGAUGGUGGGCAUGGCCAACAUGGUGCUGUCGCUGCUCUCCUCCGCCUGGUUCCCUCUCGACCUCUCCGCCCACCAAGACGCCCUGCUGCUGGCCGGGAACCUGCUGGCCGCCGCCUCUCCCAAGUGCAUGAAGAGCCCGUGGAGUGGCGAGGAGGAGGCCACCGCUGCCGCCAGCAAGCAGGACUCGGAGCCCUGGCCGGCGCUCGGAGACCGCCUCCUCAUCGGCAUGGUGGAGCAGCUCUUCUCACACCUCCUCAAGGUCCUCAACAUCUGCGCCCACGUGCUGGACGACACGGCGCCUGGACCCGCUGUCAAGGCCACACUGCCCUCCCUGGCCAAUCCUCCCUCUCUGAGUCCCAUCCGGAGGAAGGGCAAAGACAAGGACACCGUUGAGCCCAGCGCAGCCCCCAUGAGCCCAAAGAAGGGAGGAGACCCCAACGCAGGCCGGCCAGCAGACAGCACGGUUGCAGCCCCUGUGAACAAGUCCACCUCUGUGGGCAGCUUCUAUCACCUGCCUCCAUAUUUGAAGCUUUAUGACGUCCUGAAGGCCACCUAUGCCAAUUAUAGGGUUACACUGGAUCUCCACAGCACUAAUGAGAAGUUUGGUAGUUUCCUGCGCUCCACCCUGGAUGUGCUCUCUCAGCUUCUGGAGCUGGCGACUUUACAUGACAUUGGAAAAUGUGUGGAGGAAGUCCUGGGCUACCUGAAGUCUUGCUUCUCUAGAGAACCGACACUGGCCACCGUCUGUGUGCAGCAGCUACUGAAGACUUUGUUUGGGACCAACCUGGCGUCCCAGUACGAGGGGGCGGCCUCCCACCCCUGCCGCUCCCAGGGCAAGGCCCUGCGUCUGGGCUCGUCCAGCCUGCGGCCGGGCCUCUACCACUACUGCUUCAUGGCCCCCUACACCCACUUCACCCAGGCCCUCGCAGACGCCAGCCUCAGGAACAUGGUGCAAGCCGAACAGGAGCAGGAUGCUUCAGGGUGGUUUGAUGUCAUGCAGAAAGUGUCCAGUCAAAUGAGGUCCAACAUCACCAAUGUCACCCGCCACAGAGGAGACAAGAAUGUGAUCCACAACCACAUCCGUCUGUUUGAGCCGCUGGUGAUCAAGGCCCUGAAACAGUACACCACCAGCACGUCUGUGGCGCUGCAGAGGCAGGUGCUGGACCUGCUGGCUCAGCUGGUGCAGCUCCGCGUCAACUACUGCCUGCUGGACUCGGACCAGGUCUUCAUUGGGUUCGUUCUCAAGCAGUUUGAGUAUAUUGAAUUGGGCCAGUUCAGGGAUUCGGAGGCGAUUGUGCCCAACAUUUUCUUCUUUCUGGUACUGCUGUCGUACGAACGCUACCACUCCAAGCAGAUUAUCAGCAUACCAAAGAUCAUCCAGCUGUGUGAUGGCAUCAUGGCCAGUGGGAGGAAGGCAGUUACUCAUGCCAUCCCUGCUCUGCAGCCAAUAGUCCAUGAUCUGUUUGUUCUGCGGGGCUCAAACAAAGCGGACGCGGGUAAAGAGCUGGAGACCCAGAAAGAGGUGGUGGUCUCUAUGCUGCUGCGCCUCAUACAGUAUCAUCAGGUGCUGGAGAUGUUCAUCCUGGUACUUCAGCAGUGUCACAAAGAGAAUGAAGACAAGUGGAAGAGGCUCUCCCGUCAAAUUGCAGACAUCAUCCUCCCUAUGAUUGGCAAACAACAAAUGCAUCUGGACUCUCAUGAAGCACUGGGUGUGCUCAACACACUCUUCGAGACUGUGGCUCCCUCCUCACUGAGGCCCGUGGACAUGCUGCUCAAGAGCAUGUUUGUCACUCCAGCUACCAUGGCGUCUGUGGGCACGGUGCAGUUAUGGGUGUCUGGCAUCCUGGCCGUGCUGCGCGUGCUCAUCUCCCAGUCCACAGAGGACAUCGUGCUGUCCCGGGUGCAGGAGCUGUCCCUGUCCCCCUACCUGCUGUCCUGCUCCACCAUCCGCCGCCUCCACAGUGAGGUGGCCGCCCAGGCAGCGCCGCCGCCGCAGCCAACCCUCACCCAGGAAACCAAUGGAGAGCCUCAACGCUACCCGCCUGAGGAGACCUUUGCCAGGUUCCUGCUGCAGCUGGUGGGUGUGUUAUUGGAGGACAUCUCCAGUAAGCAGGUGAAGGUGGACAUGAGCGAGCAGCAGCACACCUUCUACUGCCAACAGCUGGGCACCCUGCUUAUGUGCCUCAUACACAUCUUCAAGUCAGGAAUGUUCCGGAGGAUCACGGCGGCCGCCACCAAGCUGCUGAAGGCCGAGGGAGGGGGCCCGGGCCCGGGCCCCGGGGCAGGCGAGGGCUGCUUCUACAGCCUGGAGGGGCUCAAUGCACUGCUGCUGCGCCUCAUCACCACCCACCCGCCCCUGGUGCUGCUCUGGUGCCAGGUGCUGCUCAUCAUCAACUACACCAACUACACCUGGUGGUCCGAGGUGCAUCAGACGCCACGGAGACACAGCAUGUCCGGCACCAAACUGCUAAGCCCCCACUCAUCUGGGGAGGGCGACGAGGAGCGGCAAGAGAGCCGUCUGGCCAUGUGCAACAGGGAGAUUGUCCGCCGGGGGGCGCUGAUCCUCUUCUGUGACUAUGUGUGCCAGAACCUGCACGACUCUGAACACCUGACGUGGCUGACGGUGAACCAUGUGCAAGACCUGAUCAGCCUCUCCCAUGAGCCUCCAGUUCAGGACUUUAUCAGUGCUGUCCACCGCAACUCUGCCGCCAGUGGCCUCUUCAUCCAGGCCAUCCAGUCCCGCUGUGACAAUCUCACGAAUCCCACCAUGCUAAAGAAGACCCUGCAGUGUCUGGAGGGCAUGCACCUCAGCCAGUCGGGGGCGCUGCUCAUGCUGUACGUGGACAAGCUGCUGAACACGCCCUUCAGGGUGCUGGCGCGCAUGGUGGACACACUGGCCUGUCGCCGGGUGGAGAUGCUGCUGGCCGAGACACUGCAGAACAGCAUAGCUCAGCUACCCGUGGAGGAGUUGGACAGGAUCCAGGAGUACCUGCAGAGCAGUGCGCUGGCCCAGAGGCAUCAGAGGUUCUACUCCCUGCUGGACAGGUUCCGAGCCACUGUUGCCGAGGAUACUACAAGCCCCACCCCUCCUGUCAGCCCCCACCCAUUAGAUGGGGAGCCGCCUCCUCCACCGCAGAGUAUUGUAGCCAAUAAGGAGUGGUAUUUGACAUUAGUGAAGUCUCAGUGUUGUCUGAGUAAUGAAGGGGCCUUGUUUGAAACAACUGACCUGCUGACCAGAUUGCCUCAAGAAGACCUCAGCACCAUCUUGGCCUGCAAGGAGUUCAACAUCGCCCUGCUGGGCCCCUGCCUGAGUGUUGGGGUGCAGAGGCUUACACAGGGGCAGGGUGGGGUGCUGUUGGACACUGCUCUUCAGGUGACCAUGGACCGCCUGGCUGCCGCCAUAGAGCAACUCCCCACCCCUCACCGACCCUUCCUGCCCCCCAGUGAUGCUGAGACAGAUCCUGACGGAUACUGGAACAAACUCAGUGAUGUCUACAGCGAUCCAAACGCAUACCAGACAGUGCUGAAUCUGUGUGGUACUCUGAGUCAGUACUUGCUCUCCCUGCCAAAGCUGCCGCCAGCCCUCCAAAUCACCCUCCAGAGAGAGGCCCUGGUGGCCUCCUUCACUACGCUCACCAUGGAGGCGGUGGUGUGGAGACUGCUGCAGGACCAGCUCCCCCUGAGCGUGCAGCUGCAGUCGGCCCUGUCCUGCGUGUGCCUGGCCCUGCAGCAGCCGGCCGUGUGGAGCCUGCUGGCCUCCAGCGCCUACCUCACCCACGCCAUCUCCAUCAUCCACUGCGUACGGCUGCUCAUCCACGCAGUCGCUGUGGGCCCUGGAGACCAGCUGCUUCGGCCAGAGAGGAAGCGGUCCCACUCCGAGUCUGCAGAGGAUGAAGUAGACUCAACCAAAGACAAUGUAAGCAAGCAGCAGGCAUGCAAGGUGAUGGUUGAGCUGGUGGAGGGCCUCCAGACGGUCCUCUUCCUGGGCCACCCUCGAAACAGCCCCAUCCCAGCAUUCCUGACGCCCACGCUGCGCAACAUCAUCAUCAGCCUCGCCCGGCUGCCCCUCGUCAACAGCUACACCCGCGUGCCACCACUGGUCUGGAAGUUGGGCUGGUCCCCCAGGCGUGGUGGUGAGUUUGGCACGUCGCUGCCCGAGAUCCCUGUCGAGUUCCUGCAGGAGAAGGACGUCUUCAGGGAGUUCCUCUAUCGCAUCAACACGCUUGGGUGGAGCAGUCGGACGCAGUUUGAGGAGACCUGGGCCACGCUGUUGGGGGUGCUGGUCACCCAGCCAAUUGCCAUGGACCAGGAGGAGGAGAGUCCGCAGGAGGAGGACCUAGAGCGGACUCAGAUCAAUGUGCUUGCAGUGCAGGCCAUCACGUCUCUGGUGUUGAGCGCCAUGACCCUGCCUGUGGCAGGAAACCCAGCCGUCAGCUGCCUGGAGCAGCAGCCACGCAACAAGACCCUCAAAGCCCUUGAUACUAGACUAGGUAAGAAGCUGAGUGUGAUCCGUGGUGCAGUGGAGCAGGAGAUCCAGUCCAUGGUGUCCAAGCGGGACAACGUGUCCACACACUUCCCCUACCAGGCCUGGGACCCCGUGCCCUCCCUGACGUCCUCCUCCGCAGGGACCCUGAUUAGCCAUGAGAAGCUCCUUCUGCAGAUCAACACUGAGAGGGAGAUGGGGAAUAUGGAGUAUAAGCUGGGACAGGUGUCCAUCCACUCUGUGUGGCUGGGCAACAACAUCACCCCACUGAGGGAGGAAGAGUUGGACGACGACGAGGAGGACGAGGCGGAUGCCCCAGCACCGGCAUCACCACCGACCUCUCCCAUCAACUCAAGGAAGCAUCGUGCGGGGGUGGACAUCCAUUCCUGUUCCCAGUUCCUGCUGGAGCUCUACAGUCAAUGGAUCCUGCCUGGAAGCUCCAGCAACCGCAAGACCCCAGUCAUCCUCAUCAGUGAGGUGGUCCGAUCGCUGCUGGCAGUGUCGGACCUGUUCACUGAGAGGAAUCAGUUUGACAUGAUGUUCUCCACCCUGCUGGAGCUGCAGAGGGUCCACCCACCCGAGGAUGAAAUCCUCAAUCAGUAUCUGGUGCCGGCCAUCUGCAAGGCCGCAGCUGUGUUGGGCAUGGAUAAGGCCACCGCGGAGCCAGUGUGUCGGCUGCUGGAGACCACUCUGCGGAGCACCCACCUGCCCAGCCGCAUCGGGGCGCUGCACGGUGUCCUGUACGUGCUGGAGUGCGACCUCCUCGAUGACACCGCCAAGCAACUCAUACCCACUGUCAGCGAAUAUCUGCUGUCUAACCUCAAAGGCACUGCAAACUGUGUGAACCUACAUAAUCAGCAGCAUGUGUUGGUGAUGUGUGCUGUGGCGUUCUACAUGAUGGAGAACUACCCCUUGGAUGUGGGUUCAGAGUUCAACGCUGGUGUCAUUCAGCUGUGCGGGGUGAUGUUGUCGGCCAGUGAGGAGGCUACGCCGUCGGUCAUCUACCACUGCGUGCUGCGGGGGCUGGAGCGGCUGCUGCUGUCGGAGCAGCUGUCCCGCGUGGACGCCGAGGCGCUGGUCAAGCUGAGCGUGGAGCGCGUCAACAUGCCCAGCCCCCACCGCGCCAUGGCCGCCCUGGGCCUCAUGCUCACCUGCAUGUACACAGGUGACCCGGACGAUGCAGGAAAGGAGAGGACAAACCUCAGCCAGCCAGCAGAUGGCGACCCCACCGCCACAGACAGUGAGACGGUUAUUGUUGCAAUGGAACGCGUCUCAGUGCUCUUUGACAGGAUUCGUAAAGGUUUCCCUUGUGAAGCUCGCGUGGUCGCACGGAUUCUCCCCCAGUUCCUGGACGACUUCUUCCCCCCACAGGAUGUCAUGAACAAGGUCAUUGGAGAAUUCCUGUCUAAUCAGCAGCCUUACCCCCAGUUCAUGGCCAGCGUGGUCUACAAGGUGUUCCAGACGCUCCAUGCCACAGGCCAGUCCUCCAUGGUACGUGACUGGGUGCUGCUGUCCCUGUCCAACUUCACCCAGCGUACCCCCGUAGCCAUGGCGAUGUGGAGUCUGACCUGCUUCUUUGUCAGCGCCUCCACCAGCCAGUGGAUCUCUGCUCUGCUGCCUCACGUGGUGAGUCGCAUGGGCAGAUCGGACACGGUGGAUGUCAGCCUCUUCUGCCUGGUGGCCAUGGACUUCUACCGGCACCAGAUUGACGAGGAGCUGGACCGCCGUGCCUUCCAGUCCGUCUUCGAGAUGGUGGCCUGCCCCGGCAGCCCCUACCACCAGCUGCUGUGCUGUCUCCAAAGCAUCCACCAGGACACUCCGCUAUGAGAAGACCCCCCCCCCCCCCCACCCCACCCAACCCAACCCAAACCAACACACAGCCCAGCCGUGCAUGUGGACACCUCGCUAUGUCACAGUAUAGCGCAGUCAGUAUGUCAUGGCUUCACCAAGACUCCUCCCCACGACACCCUGUAGCUCACGCGCGCUGGGUUGUCUAUUUGUUGGCCAAAGGCCCAUCUGCCGUGCACACCAGGAUGCAUUGUCACAACAAAAACUCAACCGGCCUCGAAGCAUUUCUAGAAUCACUGUGAGGUACUCUCCCCACAAUGCCUGGGGAUUCCUUGCCAAGUCAUUGGCACAAAGUAGACCAAGAAGUGGUAGUGAAACCCCUAGGAAAAGUCUGAACACGUUGUGAUGGAAACCUCACAUACAGGUCGCCAUGAUGCUUAAAGCAGUGGCAGACCUCUGCAUGAUGACGCAUUUCUCAAAAUUGGGCCCCUGAGCGCAUGGUGUAUAGAGGCAGUCAGAUGGAGUGGACUGACAGUUGAACCUUCCCCCGAAACUUAGAUCUGUGUCUCAAUCAACAAGGUCUGACUAAGACCUUCACGUAUGCCAGACGGCCAUCCGGUUUUGGCGCAGGCUGUAUAAAUUACCCUUCAGCUGACAAAGGCCUUGCUUAGAAAUGGCCUACAUCUCAAUCCCCAAGUCUUUUCCAGUCCCAUCAAGAUUCACUCUGUUUGUCACCUUAGUCUGAGACUCAGAGGGUUAACUCUGACUUCAGUGGUUUCACUCAGUCUUUCUCAGCUUCCCUCCUUCUGUCUGUCUUUGUCUGAAUAUGAAAAAAAUAACAUUCCUUUUUUGUUAUUAUGGUUUGCACGAACAUUGCAUUGCUCUAUGGAUCUGUCCUCCAGCACUUGAACACUGAACAGAAAAUAUUAAUUAUAACUUAAUUUGUAUGUAUAUUCUCUCCGGAAAGGAGAAUGCUUGAGCUAUGGCAUUAUUAAAAAAUAAUGAAUAAAUAUGACAAAGGAUGUAGUAUAUUUAAAAGCAGGAUGUGGUUAAUACUAUUUUUUGGUGUCGUUUUGGUUAGAGAAAGUUGUCAGAUUUGAUCUCAAGGGGGCUUUCUUCCAAAGGGGGUUGGAAAGUACACUGUCUUAUGUGUAUGUGAAGCUCUCUUUUUAUUAUUUUGGUCACUUUUCAAUACUGGACUGCCCUUGACUGAGAGUGAAAUGGAAAGCUCCACUGCAAAGCUGAAGGUUUGGUAAAAGCCAUAGUACCCACUCUUUAUGUUCCUCUAUUGAUUGUAUUGUCGUGGUGGACAACAUUAUUGUUUGUUGUUGAGCAUGUUGCAACAAGUUGUUUGUCCAUUAAGGCAACUGCCUUGAUUAGUGUGACUGUUUUCAAAUCUCAGGACACGAGAUGUGAUUAUUGAUCCAUGAAAUCACUAGAAGUUAUAUUUUAAUGGCGGAAGUGUGUCUAUAUUGUGUAAGAUGUGUAUGAAGGAGUACCUGAAACUGGAGGGACUUGUGUUUCGUUGAGGAAAAGCAGGCCAUCUAGUUGUCCUUUUGCUACUGUUUGUCAUGAACACAACGUCAUAGACACAAACCUCUAAAUACCCUGUUUGUUUGUUUUUUGUUUUCAUUUUUUAAUUAUUAUUUUUUUGAGGUCUGUGUCACGCUUCAUUUAUCUAUUGAACGGCAGGAUUCUCAUCAUGGGCAACUGUCUCAGCACUACUGAAUAUUGGGGAAAAAACAUUGACAAUAAAU